GGAGGGAGGGAGGGUUUUGGGCCAUAUAUUACCCAAAAAAGCAGGGAAACAAAAUGGAGAAAACAGACAGAAUUUGAAAACACUUAUCCCCCAAUUCAAUGCACAGAACAACCAGAUGGAUCUAGUCUGCCAUAGAUAACGAAGGUUUUGCUUUCGAUAUCCACAGAGCGUUCAUUGGCAUUCUUCAUUUGAUUUCCUCCCGUUUCCUUUCUGGUUAUCUCCUCCUGGUGCUACCUAGUUCUCUUUAGCACUUCAGUAUAAUGGAAGAUGUAAAAAGUGCUCAAGAAAAUUGUUCUCCGGCAUCUUCUAUGGCACCAUUGGUUUCCCAUGGGAAUGUUUCUUCAAACAAUGAUGCUCCAAUUAACCAAGACACAAAUGGAAAAGUAGAACCUGACCAUUUACUAUCAGUGAUGAACAGCUCUAUAUCAACAUUAGAAGAUGAAGAAGGACAUGAGCAGCAGACAAUUGUGGUAGAAGAAUGUGAUAGUGGAACCAAACGGCAACCUUCUGAUGGGCCCAUAAUUGGGCAUGAGACUUUAAAUUUUCCAGACAACACACCAAAUACAUUGAAGCCUCAAAGAGAGGAAAACUUUGUUGGUCUCUCUGAACCCACUCCUUCGUCCUCAGAAGAAAAACCUAAUGCUGUUAUGGAACAAUUUCCAGAAGGUGGUUCUGUUCACAGGGACCAUCUUCAACCAAAUGAUACUUCUGAUGGACCUCCAGUUGAACAGGAAGCAUGUCUUCCAUUAACCAAGACAACCGACAUUCUGGAGCCUCAGAAAGAAGGAAAUGUAACAGAUGAUGCUUUACAACAAUCUCAAGAAGAUGGUUCUGUUAUCAGCUUACAUGGUCACGUCAAUAAUAUAAUUACACCUACUUCUUCUGCAAGAGUGACAGAAAUAAAAAAUGACCAUCAAGUAGAGCCAUCAAAUGACGUUGCUCUGGCCCAAUUCACUUUCCCAGCUGCUGUUAAAAGACCAAAUGCCAUCAACACUAAUAAAGUUCUUAGAAAGGGUAACUUAAACAGAAGUCUAAUUGACACAGCAGCACCUUUUGAGUCUGUUAAAGCAGCCGUUUCCAAGUUUGGGGGAAUUGUUGACUGGAAGGCGCAUAAAGACCGGUCAGUGGAGAGGCGCAAGUCUAUAGAAGAAGAACUUGAGAAAGCACACGAGGAGAUUCCAAUGUAUAAGAAACAGUCCCAGGCUGCCGAAGAUGCAAAAAUUAAAGUGCUGAAGGAGCUAGAAAGCACUAGGAGACUCAUUGAAGAACUGAAGCUCAACCUUGAGAGAGCACAGACUGAAGAGCAACAGGCAAAACAAGAUGCUGAACUUGCGAAGCUCAGGGUGGAAGAGAUAGAGCAAGGGAUUGCUGAUGAAGCCAGUGUGGCAGCGAAGGCACAGCUUGAGGUUGCCCGAGCUAGGCGUGCAGCAGCUGAUUCAGAGCUUAAAACUGUGAAAAACGAGUUGGAACAACUUUGCAAUGAUUAUACUUUAUUGGUGACCGAGAGAGAUCUAGCUGUCAAGAAAGCUGAGGAGGCUGUUUCUGUGUCCAAAGAAGUUGAGAAGACAGUGGAAGAACUAACGAUUGAACUUAUUACAAUAAAGGAAUCCUUGGAGUCCACGCACACUGCCCAUCUAGAGGCAGAGGAACAAAGAAAUGGAGCUGUGAUGGCAAGAGAGCAGGACACUCUCAACUGGGAGAAGGAACUGAAGGAGGCAGAAGAGGAACUAGAUAGGCUAAACCAGAAGAUUUUGUCUGUGAAGGAUGUUAAAUCUAAGCUGGAUACUGCUUCAUACUUGCUUGCAGACUUAAAAGCUGAAUUAGCAGCUUAUAUGGAAGCAAAACUGAAUCAGGAAAAUAACAAUGAAGAAAACUCAACAGGUGACUUGGAGGAACCAGAGAAGAGGACUCACGCUGGCAUACAGGCAGCAGUUGAUUUGUCUAAGAAGGAACUUGAAGAAGUGAAGCUCAAUAUUGAGAAAGCUACGGCUGAAGUAAAAUGCUUGAAGGUAGCAGCCACGUCAUUGAAGUUGGAGCUUGAAGGAGAAAAGUCAGCUCUUGCUGCUAUCAGGCAGAGAGAAGGAAUGGCAUCUGUAGCAGUUGCAUCUCUUGAAGCUGAGCUGACCAGGAUUAAGUCAGAGAUCGCCGUUGUUCAGAUGAAAGAGAAAGAAGCAAGAGAGAAGAUGGUGGAGGUUCCCAAGCUGUUACAGGAGGUGGCUCAAGAAGCAGAUCAGGCAAAGUCACUUGCUCAAGCAGCUCGUGAGGAGUGGCGCAAGGCUACGGAAGAAGCAGAGCAAGCAAAGGCAGGUGCAAGGACCGUUGAGAGUAGAUUACUUGCAGCUAAGAAGGAGAUAGAGGCUGCAAAGGCUUCAGAACAGUUGGCAUUAGCAGCUAUUAAGGCUCUUAGAGAAAGUGAAUCAGCUGAAAGCUCCAAUAACGAGGAUUCAGCAGCUGGAGUGACACUUUCUUUGGAGGAGUACUAUGAACUUAGUAAGCGGGCCCAUGAAGCGGAGGAGGAGGCUAACACGAGGGUUGCUACUGCAGUCUCCCAAAUUGAGGUAGCCAAGGAGUCUGAGUUGAGAAGCUUGAAAAAGCUGGAGGAGGUGAACAGCGAAGUGGCUGCACAAAGUGAAGCACUGGAAAUUGCUGUACGGAGAGCUGAGAAGGCCGAGGAAGGGAAGUUAGGUGUGGAACAGGAAUUGAGAAAGUGGAGAGCUGAGAGCGAGCAGCGGAGAAAAGCUGGCGAGUCUGGUCAAGGAGCAGUUAACCCGACUAAGAGCCCCAGGUCAAGCUUUGAGGAGAAAAAAGAAUGUAGUCAAUCUUCCCAGGUACCAGAGCCUUCUGUGCCUGUCCGUAGGACAAGCCCAGGGUCAGCACAAGUGCCAGGAAGCACCACUGAAACUGACUCAUCUCCAGAAAUUAAGGUGGCAAAGAAGAAGAAGAGAUCAUUCUUCCCUCGGUUCUUCAUGUUCUUGGGCAGGAAGAAGACACAACCGGCCAAGUCCAAUUAAUGCCGGAUACAUGACCGUCAUAUACCUAGCGUUCUGCCUCUAUUUUUUUGGCAGUUCCUUGCACUGACUAGAAAAUGCGUACAUUCUGAAGGAGUUUAUUGAUUCCACAUGCCUGGGUAUUGUCUGUAUGAUAAGUUGAUUGGAGUAUAUUCUUUUUAUCAAGCGGAGAAUACAGCGGCUGACGUGCUUGGAAGAAGUUAAUAAGUUCGGAGGAACAUAUAAAAAAGGUGGUUCUGUAAUGUUUUGCUUGUAACACUGGAAUGUGGUAGCUGUUAAUUUGGGUGAGAUUCUCAUACAACGAAAGGAUUAAAGAGUUGCUCUUAGUCUGAUUUUGUUUCUGGAUUGCUCAAAGCAGAAAUGGCCGCGUGCUGAUGGAGGAAUGAAUAUUCAGAACAACCUAGCUAGAUCAAACCAUCGAUAAGCUGCAAACAAAGGUCAGUCCUCCCCGACUUAUUCUUCUAAAACUGUUCCUCUCAAAGGCAUUUUUAAGGAAAAUAAUAUACUUACAGAAUUGCUGUACAGAAAAAGUUCAUAGAAUUAUGUGAAACUGACAAUUUUUGCUAUCAGCAACCAUUUAUAAAGGGUACUUUGCCUUGUCCAUGAUGAUCACAUUGUAGUUAUAUCAAGAUUUCUGUUUGUAUAUCAUUUGUAUGCUCACCUCUUCCAAGUACGUGUGUGUGUUUGUGUGUGUAGU